GGAGGACCGGGCUGUGGCCCAGAGCUGUAGCAGCUCAGCGGGUGGCACGGUAACAGAGCAACCAGGACCGAGGGACAACAAGGGCUCCAGCAGAGGCUGAGGGAGGCUGCCCAGAGCAUAGCCGGUCAGGGGCUUGAGGAGUCUGGCCGUGCAGCUUGUUUUCCUCUCCACAAAGAUGUAUACUGUCCAAACUGUGUGGCCGGUUAUUCCUAAGCAGCUGCUGUAAGAGGGGGAAAUGUAUUUAAUAAAGGGCCCAGUGUUUGUGGUGUUCUUGGGCUUCUGUGGAGCUUCAGAAAUUCUGAGGUGUAACCAGCUUUUAGCCUUCAAAACUAAGAUGAACUGCCCUUGAGAAGGGGUGGUCAGAAGGGAAACAAUGUUCACCCUCUCUCUCCUGAGCCGGGGCCACGGGAAGUUGGUCCAGAACAAACAGAAGUUGGAGGUCUAUUUUGAACCAGAGGAUUACUUGAACUGGAAGUCCCCAGAGGACUAUGUCCUGGUCAGCAGACCUCAGGAAGAAGACAGUGCCGACCAGCACUGCUGGAACCUUUUUCUUCCCAAGACUUUCAGCACCAGAAAGGGCGCUCUGAUCCUUUACUCAGAAGGCCUGGCCAUCCCAGCAUGGACUCCCAGAGAGAGGAGAAAGGACCCUUCCCGCCCCGUGGGUCACAAGAAGAGACUGGGUCUUGAGCUACACACACUUCAAGACCUCAAAGAAGCCAUCCUGGCUUACGGAAGAAAGCAGAGGCAGCAAGACGGUGCCUGGCAACCCUACCUCUACUUCCGAGGUCAGUCAGAGAGCCAGACACAGCGGCAGAUCCAGCCUGGGUAUUCCGCCAAGAGAUACCUCCGAGGCUUCUUGCGGACAUGGUCCCCCACCUCCACUUACAGACUCCAACGUGCAGGAUACAUCAAGGAUUCUGUGCUGCUCCAGGAUGCUCGACCUGAUGUGCCAAAGAAUCUCAGGCUGCAACAAGACCUUUCAGGUGCACCCCCAAAGUACCAUCUCCUGCCUGUCUUCCCACCAUUUUGGAUUCAACAAGGAAACUGUUUUGAACAAGGUGAGCAGGGCCCGGAUGAAGGGACAGCUGGAACCAUCGAACGUGUGGACCAGGGUACCGCAGCCAAGCGCCGUGGCAGUCAGGGGACUCCUUUGCUGCCACUCAGGGAGCAGCCCUGGAAGGAAGAUGGAACCUGGGCAGAGGACACCUCAACAGAGAGUCGCCUCCCUGUUCGUGCCUCAGAGGAAAGCCACAAUGAGAAGACACAGCAAACCUCCAGGAAGGCCCUCAGGCAUGCCCGCAUAGGGCCCUCUUGGCUCCUGGGUGACAAAUCCAACACUAUACCGUUCGGAGGCGCCUUCCCCAGUCGGAAGGCAGACCUAAGCGAAAAACAAGGGACCGAGAAGCUCUGCAAGGCUAGAGGCGGCCACCUCUUACCAGAGCCUCCUGCGGAAAGAUGCCUUUUCCCUCCAGUAACAUCUGCCGCUGCCUCAGAGCACAACACCUCUGGGGAAGUAAAGGGGAAGAAGGCACCAUCAGCUUUGAAAUUACCUCCUAUUUUGGAAGAGCCACCCAGAAUUCUUGACCCCCUGAGGAGCCAGUUUAAAGGCAAUGAACCUCCAACAGAGCUCUUCAUCAUUCCAAUGGAGAUUCAUUUCCACACUCCACAGCCCCCAAAGGAAAAUGCCUGCAAAAGAGGUAUUGUGAGGCCAAGAGACGAGGAGACAAUCGCACUGAAAAUAUCGUCGGUUACCCACAGUUCUAAGAGAAGGGGCCAUGUCAUGCCAUGCAGGAGGCAGAAGGGGGGUGCUCCGCGUCCUGAGUCAGAACCAGAAGGAGAGGCCAGGCCUUUAUGGAGGCCUCGCCGCCACAAGCAUGCCUCCUCCGAAAGGCCUAGGGCGAUCAGCGUGCGUCUCCCGGUGCACCACAGCAGAGAGACUCCCUCGCCGCCAGAUGAUGCCGUGUCCCAGGAUUCGGCCCCACCACCGAGCCAUCUGCCCCCGAUUGUGGGGAGAAACGGUCUGGAAAUCCAGGGGAGCCCAGGCAGCCCUGAGACAUCAGACGGCAGCAAGGUCCUGCCAAGUCCCCGGCACACGCAGGCAUCGCCGGCAGAACAAGGGUCUCCAUGUGUAACCCAGGCUGGGCUCAAACUCAGGGCGAUCCUCCUGACUCAGCUUCCUGAGUGCUGGGAUUCAGGUGUGUGUGACCACAUCCAGCUUGACCUUUGGUCUUCAUGGAGAUUAGAGGGUGCUCUGCAAGUCUAUGAAUCUGUCCAAUCAAAUAUCAUCCAUGAAGAAGAAGGAUCUGGUGUUCAGCAUCUCCGAAGAGCUAACACUGCCUCUGGGACCGAUCUUCACACGAAUCUUCAUGAAAGCUCACCUUUGACGGAAACAGCAAAGAAGCAGGGAUCCCCACAGUCCUUGGAGGCUGCAGCUCAGAAGGCGGGAGAGCCUCAAAGUUGUAUAAAUAAAGAGCUGAUGUGUUCAAACAGAAAAGAAUUCUCCACGCACAAGCUGCACAUCGACAUGACGCCGUUCCUGAAGGAAAGUGGGGAGGAACAGGACUCUCAUGAAGAUCCAGGAGAAGCUGAUCCAGGAGAAAAAGAUGAAGACAGCAGCCGAGACCCAGAGCCAAGGAGUGUGGCCCUUGAGCCCCUCGGCACUGCCCUGGGGGAGCACAUCCAGACCCUUGAGGCAGACGCUGUGAGAAACACGGACAGAGAUGACGGAGCUCACCGGCUGCACAGGGGACUUCCUGGACCCGUAUUUGCAUCACCCGAGAGCUCAAGUGUCGAGGAUGCAUCUUUUUUGCCAAGAGCCAAAAAAGGGAAAACUUUAUCAAGACUGCCUAACCAGCAUGCGCCAGCCAGCAUCCAUCCUGAGGAGUUGAUUGACAAAACCAAGAGAAAGAAAAAAAACAAGAUAGACAAGAACAAAGCGCCCAUGAGGCAGACAGAGGGAAAAUUCCCCGGGCGAGCAGACACUGCUGGAGGCAAGUCAAAGGACUCAAAGGCUGAAAAGAAAUCAGAGCUAAUUCCCAAAGGAAGGAAUCCAGGAGCCAAGAGGAAAAAGACACAGAAGGAAGUGAACUUGGAGAUGGCAGCAGAGCAGAGUGGGCCCGACAGCACCAGUUCCAAGGAAGCAGAGAGUGCCUCAAGUGGGGGCUUGUUCUCUGUGUACCCUAACACAGAGGGGCCUUGGCCUCCUCCCACGGCCUAUGCUCAGGAGAGCCAGGUUUCCAUAGACAUGAGAUCAUCACCCAUCCAGCCCGCAGCUGUCACUGGCAGCGGGGAAGCUGAAGAAGAGAGGCGUCCUGACGCCCCUUCCCAGGCCCUCCUCAGGGCACAGGAGAAGGCGGCACGGGACAGGCUGCGCGCACAGAAGGCCGAGAUGAGGCUGCGAGAGGUGGAGAGGAAGAGGAGGGAGCAGGAGGAGCAGAGCCGCCGCCAGCAGGAGCAGCUGGAGAUUGAGAAGAAGAUGGAGGAGGAGCUGGAGCUGGAGCAGCAGAGGAGUGAGGAGGAGAUACGCUUGAGGAAACAGAGACUUGAAGAAGAACGACAGCAGCAGGAGGCAGCAGAGAGGAAGCAGCGGCUUCAGUGGCGAGCGGCCCAGGAGAGAGCCCGGCAGCAGCAAGAGGAGCUCCGCAGGACACUACAAGAAGGACAGCGGAAAAAGGAGCAGGAGGAAGCCGAGAGGGCUGAGGCAGAGAAGCAAAGGCAGAAGGAACUGGAAAUGCAGUUAGCAGAGGAACACAAACGCCUGAUGGAAAUGGCGGAAGAGGAGCGACUGGAGUACCAGCGGCAGAGACAGGAGGCAGAAGAGAAGGCUCUGCUGGAGGCUGAGGAGAGGAGGCGACAGGAAGAGGAAGCAGCCAAGAUGGCUCUGGAGGAUGCCAUGAAGCAAGCCCAGGAGCAAGCCAGGCAAAAAGCUGCUUUGGAGAAACAUCUUCAUUUCCAACAAGAACUCCGUAAGGAAGCCUGGGGCCUGCAGUGGACACAAAACAUUUCCAGACCAUGGGUUUAUUCCUAUUUCCAGUUCCUACAAAUGCCCAGGCCAUGAGGUAGAAGAAAGCAAAAAGAUUUUUUGAAAAAGAAAUACCAUCUGAUAAUGCAAUCUAAAGAAGAUUCUAUAGAAAGUACAACAGUAACACACAAAGACGUAAGAAGAUUCUAUGGACUUGAGUAACAGCCUCACGGGAAAUCAAGUGCCUAACAGGCCCAGAGCCCUGAGAUCAAUCCCUAGCAUCAAGGAGAAAAGUUUUAAUAGAAAUUAAUCUAUAAAAUAAAAAUGGUAAAGUCAUCCCAACACUGAAUUUAUACCUUUACGAUUUCUCAUGGGAAGUGUUGUAAGAUCACAUAAAUUAAAUUUUGGAUUCCUUGUUCAAUUCCUAUCAUUAUAUGUUAAGUGGAAAAAACUAUCAAGCCUUUAUGAAUUAAAUAUAAAAAGUUUUUCUAAAGACUGAAAAUCCCUGGGCAUGGCAGAGCAUCCUAAAAUCCCAGGACUAUGUGAGGCUGAGGCAGGAGGAUUGUAAAUUCCAGCCCACCCUGCGCAGCACAGCCAAAACCCAGUCUCAAAAUAAAAAAGGCUGGGGAUACAGUACAGCACAAAGGCCCUGGGUUCAAUCCCCAGUAUCACAAAAGGCAGGGAGGAGUAGGAGAAGGAGAUAUUUAAUCUUUGCAACAUAUUUUUAAAAAACAAAAGAAAAAUUGAGUGAGUCUGUACAAUGCCUCCUUGCAGUUUUUUUGUUUUGUUUUGUUUUGUUUUGUUUUUGUCUUUUU